AUGUUCUUCCCGAGCUACAUCGAUUUGGGCAAGGCGGCACGAGAGCUGUUCACAAAAGGCUAUCACUUUGGCCUUUUGCGAGUGGAUGCGCACACAAAAUUGGGAGACGAUCAUGAAGCGGAAUUCGCUAGUACUGCAGUGCAUACAAUUGCUACUGGAAAAUUGGCUGGCAAUUUCGAUGUCAAAUAUCGUAUCCCGUCUUACGGAGUGGUUUUUACGGAGAAAUGGAAUACGGAGAAUAUGUUGGGCACGAUCAUUGAAGUGCAGGAUCAGUUCGUCAAUGGUUUGAAGCUCACGCUGGAUUCAUGGUAUGCGGCCCAUAUUGGCAAGCGUUCGGCCCGAGUCAAAGCGGAAUGGGUACACAAAAAUAUUACGUGCAACAUGGAUGUUGGACUCGAUACCGGGCCGCUGAUGAAUUUGUCUGCUGUGACAGGCUAUCGUGGAUGGCUGCUGGGCUUCCAAAGUACUUUUGACGUUUCGAGCAGUGAAAUCAAGGUAACACCAUUUUCGAAUUUGGGUGUUUCAUUUGCUUGCAUUGGUAAAGAUUAUGUGCUGCAUUCAUUGGUUAAUGAUGGACGCGAAUUCAGCGGAUCGUUCUUCCAUCGCGUUGCACCAAAUUUGGAUAUUGGGGCUCAGUUUGGUUGGACCACUGGCGAUCCGAAUCCGCGUUUCGGCAUGGCAAUGAAGUACUGUCCCACUAGUGAGAUGGAGGUGAAAGCGAAAAUUGACCAUGAGUCGAAGUUCUCCGUUGCUUUCACGCAUCAUCUCUCUCACCGAGUGCGUCUAACGCUUUCGUCGCAAGUUGCACUGGCCGCAGUGAAUGAGGGACACAAAUAUGGCUUGGGCCUGGAGUUCCGUCCGUGUUGUUAG